AUGGACAGGGCUAAUCUCUACCGUGUGUAUGAAAUAGUUAUUCCAUACCCGAGACAACCCGCCCCGAGCGCACGCACCGUGCUCGCGCUGGCGCUAGGCGUGCGCCUGGUGCAGAGAAACUCGUCCUCGCUCCUCGGGCCGACGGCGCUGCCAUUGGACGCGACGGACGGGGAGCUCGCUGGCUUCUGCUUCUGCGUCUGCAGCGGCGUCCUCUUCGCGGGCGACGCCACGCUCUCGCACAUGAUGGUCAAGUUCGCCGGCUUCUGGCUCCACAACAGCGUCCUCAUCCCGGACAACGCCAACGCCUACACCAAGACAGUGAGGAGGAAGGACGAGCUCAUCGUGUUCCCGCAGGGCCUACUGCAAAUCCAGGUCAACACCGACACAACCGCCGUGGCGUUCAGCACGUACAUCAGCGCCAACCCCGGCCUGCAGAUCACCGACUACACACUCUUUGCCAACCUCCUGCCAGAGGAUGUGGUGACCAAGGUCACCUUCAUCUGUGAAGCUGAGGUCAGGAGGCUGAAGGCGUUCUUCGGCCUCGUGAACAAGGCUGCCUUCUUCAUCAGUAUCCCGGACGACGACGCUCCAUCCUCCCAUUCCCGACGCCGGAAUCUGCGAUCGUGCACGGGUGCCCGCCGCACGCCGCCGCCGGCCGAACAACAACGACGCCCAACGACAGUAGCAGCAGCAGCGAGGUGAUGUCCUGCUGCUUCCUGCUGGAUGAGCUACUGAUCGCCGCCGGUGCCAUCAUGUCAAUUAACAAGCAGCUCUAUCUGCUUGAUCGAUGAGAAUAUGAGAUGAUGGCUGCUCCAAUUUGAUCGAUUUAUUUGCAGCUAGAAAUGGAGGCCAUAGUACUGGACAAAUUUUGGAGGCUAGCUAGAUCGUUCGCUCGCUUAUUAUUAACAGGGGGCUGGCAAUAAUUUGACCGGCAGCAAGUUGCCUUUAAUUUCAAGGGUUUUUUUUGUCUACUGGACACUCCGAAAAUGCUGUUUUGUGCACUGCACACUCUAAUUGUUGAAAUAGUCUGCAGACUAUCGUGAGUUGUAAAUUUUGUGCGCUGCACAUUGAUCCUAUUAAAAGGAAUAGAGUGUGCAGCGCACAAAUCAACAUUUUGAGAGUGUCCUGUACACAAAAAACCCUAAUUUCAACCGCGAUGACUCCUUGCUGUGGAACGUGCAUUUGUUUCCUUCCGUCCACUGGUUAGCUAUCUCUAGUACUAGCUAGUAUCUAUCCUUCUUAUUAAUUGAUAUAGUCGAUUGCAGAGACAAUAAUACAGAGACAAAGAGCAGCAUAUAGGAUCACAUGGAAUAUUCAUAACUAAUUUACUUGUACAAGCCACAUCGAUUCUUGUGGUUCUUCAGAAUUUCUGGUACAGCUAUAAAGGUUCCUGCAAAUUCUUACAUAUUGUAUUCCAAACAUGCCCUACAUGGUUAACACAACACUAACAAAAUUUUGCCUGCCAUAUCAUUGUUCCGUGUUUCCACCAGACAUCUCCAUCAGGCUAAGAACACUUGGAACAAAAUAACUAAGAGAGAUUUAAUUUCUCUAUGCUCUUUGGAGCUCUUACGGAAUCAUGACGCCAUCAAGACAUGUUACAAGUACAAAGAUGCAGCGAAUACUAUUGCCUCUUGAUCUUGCUGAUGGUCAAGCUCAAUUCUGUACUUGUUCAAAUAAGCAUUCAGCCCAUUCUGUUCCAAGUACCUGACAAUAAAGGAAUGUGACAAUAAUUAAUGCUGAUGCUUCAAAAAGUUCUG